AUGAUGAAUGUCAUCGAAACCCCAGAAGAAAUUAAAGCUACUGAUGAGCUAACGAUGGACUCUACAUUAGCUAAUCACCAGUCGCCUAUUAGCAUAAACCCUCCUCCGAAAGAAUCCCGUCAAAGCAUGUACAAGACUAAAGCUCCGACUAAAAGUGAGGAUAUUCAGGAACACAGCAUUUUCUUGAAGCCUAAGGAAGACCACAAGGUAUCUUCUUCAAGAGGUUCCCAAGUGACAAACUGAACCUCCAAUAAUUGUAUACUGAAUGUGAAAGCUCAGCGUGAGUCCAAAGCUAAAAAGAAUCCUCUCCUAAAUUAUGUCGAGUUGGACACUCUUGGCUGUGGCUCCUUUGGGAGAGUCAUUAAAGUACAAAAGAAAACUACUGAUACCCAAUACGCCAUGAAAAUCAUUGAGAAGAGGAAGAUGGAGAAGGAAAAUAAAAUUUAUCAAGUCUUCAAUGAGAGAGAUCUUCUAACAAAAUUAGACAAUUCCAGAAUUAUCAAGCUUAAGAAAAGUUUUGCUUACAAAAACUGUAUUUACCUUGUCACGGACCUCUGUCAGAAGGGAGAUCUAAGCUCGCUACUCAAGAAGAUUUGUCACAAAAGACUCUGUAUCAAAAAUAUACAGUUUAUUGUCAGCCAGAUCCUUGUUGCACUAGAGUACCUCCACUCUAUCGGGAUAGUUCAUAGAGAUGUCAAGCCUGAAAAUGUUUUUGUCACUGAAGAAGGGCACUUGAAACUAGGGGACUUAGGCUCAGCAGGCAUUUCAGCCAAAGCUAGGCAAACUCUGAAAAUUAAAAACCAUAAGCAUAAAGAUGGAGUGAAAGAAGAAGGGAAGCUCAACACCUUUGUAGGAACCAAAGAAUACGUUUCCCCUGAAGUCUUGCAAGGAAAAAGCUGCUCUCCUGCAGCAGACAUGUGGAGCCUUGGUGUGAUCAUCUUCCAGCUCUUCUGAGGAUAUACCCCAUUCAACCUUGAGAAAGCUGAGUACUAUACCUUCCAGAGCAUAAUGGAGUGUAAAUAUAAUAUUCCUGAAUUCUUGUCAGAUGAUGCCAGAGACUUAAUUAAAAACUUGCUAGUCAGAAAACCUGAGGAGAGACUCAGUGCCUCUCAGGUAAUGAACCAUAAGUUCUUUGCAAACUUUGAUUUCGAAGAAUUCGAAGAUAAAGAAUCGCCUUUGUGAGACCUAUAUGAGCAGCUCAAAGACGUCCAAGAGGACUUCGAGUCAUCAAGUGAAUAUGACUCCAUUGCUAAUGGAGAUGAUUUUGAUGUAGACUUCAGUGAAUCUCCAGCUAUCGGCAAAGGAAUCCUUGAUUCUCCCCUCAAGAGCUCUCCAAACAAAGCUUACAAGGCCUAUCUCAAGAAGAGCAGUUCACUUGGAGAAAGGGAAAUGAAGUACCUUGAAGAUCAAGAAGUUAAAGAAAAUAAAAUAAAACAAGAUGAAUUUAUUGACCUUCGACCUCAUGCUAAGAGCACCAACACAGACAAUUCAAAGCAAGGAACCUCAGAUAGCGGGGAUGGAAACUAUGGCCCUAUUCCUGAACCUUCAACACCCACUAUGAAAACUGAGGACUGGUCUUCGAAAUACAUCCCCAAGUCAAAUUCUCAGGGGGAGAAGAAAGUGAUUCUUGAAGGCCCCAUUAAGAAAAUUACAGCCUGGAUUAUAUAUAAGAGAAGAUAUAUGGAACUCAGUGAAACUGACGGAGUCCCAAGACUUAUGUACUACACUGCAAACAAGAACAAGUUGAGAAACGAGAUUCCCCUUACAAAUCACACAAAAGUCUAUGCUACAGGACAUAGUAAGUUUGAAAUUGCUGAUCUUGAAAAUACCUUCUAUUUUAAAGACUGUGGAGGAGAAGCAAAAGUGAAGCAGUGGGUCGCUGAGCUAUCAAAAGCUAUUGCAUAUCAAUGCUCUCAGAAGACCUCCUUCAAAGGCAAUAAGGUUAUGUCUGCUACUCUGGCUUAACCUCUUGCAUCCACAAUUACAUGAAUUCCGCUUUCUUUCCUUAAUAAAUGUAUUAG